AUGGCGCUGAGCACGCGAACCCUGCUCCUCCUGGUCGUGGGCGUAAGCCUGGCGAUUUGCUUCCUCCCUACGGCGCGGAGCCUGGUGUUUGGACUCGAUUUUGGCUCCCGAUGGGUGAAGAUGUCGGUGAUUCGAGGCAACUCGUUCGAGAUUAUCCUCGAUGCCCAGACCAAGCGCAAGUUCAUGUCUGGCCUCGCCUUCCACGAUGAUGAACGCUUCUUUGCGGCCGACGCUGAGAAAGUGCACACGUAUCAGUAUCUGUCGCAGCUGUUGGGCAAGUCACACAACAGCAGCGUAGUCGAGGCGCUCAAGCCGCACCUUCUCUACGCCGACGAGAUCGUGCCCAACGGAGAGCGCGGGACCGUGGCCAUACGGUACAACGAAAACACGACCUUUGCCGUUGAGGAUCUCGCGGGCAUGGUCUUCAACUUCGCCCGCGAGACCGCGCUCGCCUACGUGCACUCUCCCGUGGCCGACGUUGUGAUCACCGUCCCGCCGCACUGGACUGCGGAGGAGCGAGCAGCGGUGAUCGAAGCGGCUGAACUCGGUGGCUUCCACGUGCUGUCGCUCAUCAACGACGGCACUGCCAUCGCCCUCCACUAUGCCUUUGGCAAGAGGUUCGAGGAGCCCAAGAACGUGAUCUUCUACGACAUGGGCCACAGCAACACGAGGGCCACGCUUGUCGAGUACCAUUCGAUCCGCAUCAAGAAGGGAGCGAAGAAUGUGACGCAGCCGACGAUGAAGGUCAAGGCCGUGACGUACGACACCAGCCUGGGAGGUAGGGACUUUGACUACCGCCUCGCCGAGCACCUCGCCGGCGUGGCCGUGACGCAGAUGGCGGCCAAGGGCAUCGAGAGCUCAGUCGACCAGAUCAAGGCCAACAAGCGCGCCUGGGCUCGUCUGAUGACCGCCGCCAGCCAGGCCAAGACCGUGCUGAGCGCCAACAUGGAAACCUACGCCGCGGUGGAAGGACUUGUGGGCAGCUACGAUCUGAAGACCACGGUCAGCCGCGCCCAGUUCGAGGAGAUGUGCGAGGACCUGUUCGCGCGGGCCGCCACGCCCGUGAAGGAAGUGCUGGCCGCGGCCAACACGACCGUGGAGGAGGUGGGCAGCAUGGAGGUGGUCGGCGGCAGCGUCAGGAUUCCUAAGGUCCAGGCCGUGCUCAAGCAGACCCUGGGUCUCCCCGAGCUGAGCAAGACUCUCAACGGAGAUGAAGCUGCGGUGUUGGGUGCCGUCUUCUAUGCGGCGCAUCUCAGCACGAGCAUCAAGGUCCCCGAGCACAAGAUCAAGGACAUCACGCCCUAUGGCGUGACUGCCACCAUCAAGCUCGCCCGCCCUGCCGACGCGCUUGAAGCGAGCGACAAGGAGGACUCCGUCGCCGGUAACCAGGACGGUAAAGGCGACGACGACGAUGAUGACGACGAUGACGACAUCGACGAGCAGGCCGAGGACGAGACUGGCACUGUAACGAAGGUCCUGAGCCUCUUCAAGCCCUUCGGACGCGUGGGCGCCAAGAAGAACGUCUCCUUCAAGAAGAACGUCAGCAACUUCACCGUCGAGCUCGCCUACGACGACGAGGCCAAGCUGCCCGAGGACGCCCCGCGUCAGCUCGCGCGCUUCACCGUGGAGGACAUGAACAAGCUCAAGAAGUACAACUACACCGGCAAGCCCAAGGUCACCCUGGCUUUCCGCCUGACGACCAGCGGACUCGUGGAGCUGGAGACGGCUGAGGCCGAGGUGGUGGUCAUCAAGUACCCCGAGCCCGAGCCCUCGGCCAAGUCGACGCCCGCUCCCACCCCCGAGGCCACCGAGGAGGACAAGGCUGAGGCCGCCGACGCCGCCGACGAGGCCACGGGCGAGGAGAAGGAGGACAGCGCCGCCAACAAGGAGGACGAGGAAGCCGAGAAGGAGGAAGUCGCGGCUGAUGACGAGGAAGCCGAGGAGGAGAGCAAGAAGAAGGAGAAGGACGAGAAGAAGCCCAAGAAGGAGAAGAAGCCGAAGAAGACUGUGCACAAGAUCGCCCUCGCCGUGGUCACGCAGAAGCUCGGCAUCCCCGAGAGAACUUACGUCGAAAAGUCCCGCGCUCGCGCGUUGCUGAAGCAAUGGGAGGCCAAGGCUGUCAGCAAGAGGGAGAAGGCCGAUGCCAAGAACGAUCUGGAGACCUACAUCUACGACACCAAGGAGAAGCUGUGGGACGACGAGCUCGAGAAGGUGUCCACCGAGGAGCAGCGCGACGAGGCCCGCGAGGCCCUCGGCGCUGCCGCCGACUGGCUCGAGGACGAGGGCAUUGAUGUCAGCGUUCAGGAGUACAAGGACAAGAAAGCCGAGCUCGUCAAGUUGGCCAGCGCCAUCUUUGAGCGCAAGGAGGAGCUCACCAAGCGUCCCGUGCAGGUGGCCAUGCUUUCCUACAUGCUCAACCACAGCAGAUCGUCUCUGGUCGGCAUCACCGAGCGCCUGAAGGUGGAGGUCGAGGAGAGGGACGAGGUGCUGGACCUCAUCGAGGAGACCGAGGACUGGCUCAAGUCCAAGGUCAAGGAGCAGGAGGGCAAGGAGCCGCACGAGGAGCCCGCCUUCAAGAGCGAGCAGGUGCAGGCCAAGGCCAGCGCCAUCGAGAAGACGGUUCGCAAGCUCUUGAAGCGGAAGCCCAGGCCCACCCCCACACCCGCCACCUCUUCCUGGCCCUACACCGCCGCCGACGACGACAACAAGGCCGCGGAGGAGACCACGGAAACGGGAGAAGAGGCCAGCUACCGCGGUCAGGAGGAGGUCGUGCCGCCGAAGGAGGAAGCGGGCGAGGACAUCCUCUAG